AUGACCAUGUCUCCUUCCAUCUGCGUCGCCAUCCUGUUGCUUGCACUGGUCUCACCGGCACUGGCAUCAGCCAGCAUUAACGACAACAAUGGCGUCCCCGUCGCGGCACCUAGAGUGCCCGUGGCGUUCCAGUUCUUGCAGGGGCACAACGACGCACGCCGCGAGGUCGGCGUGGCACCCCUGGAGUGGAACUGGACGCUGGGGCAGGACGCCAAGCGGUACGCGGCCCAGCUCGGCGCCCGCUGCAAGCUGGAGCCGCCAAAGUACAUCCCGCUGAUCUACGCGCGGAACAGCUACUGGGGCAGCGGGAAACAAGACGGCGCCGCGGCCACCGGCUCGUGGGUGUACCAGCGGCGGUGGUACGACCACGGCGCCAACGCGUGCGCGCCCGGCAAGGAAUGCGGGUCCUACAAGUUGGUGGUGCGGAACACCACGCGAGAGCUCGGCUGCGCCUGCCGCACCUGCCUCGGCAGCAACGACACCAUGGCUGUUUGCAGCUACUCCCCUGGCGGCAACUACGCCGACCCGCCAUACUGA